AGCAAGUUUUCAGUCUUCAGACAGUUCCGUACAAACUUUCGUUAAAGUAAGCUGUGGCUACAAAGCAUUCUAGACACGACAAAUACCACACGCAGCGGCAAAUUCAAACGGACGAGCAUCGCGAUCAAUGUGAUGUGAAUAUAUUUUUUCGUUAACAAAGCGAAAAUGUCUCAGAAGGACUUGUCUUUGGAAAAGCCCCAAGAGGACUACCCGAAAAGCGAUAAGAGCAAAAACAAUUCGACAAUUUCCACGAAAAAUUCGCAGGAGCAACUGAUAUGCAAAACACCACAAAAUACACCCCCGGGGACAUUGAAGGCAGUUCACAAUAAAAGUGAAAAAAGUGUAACGGAGAAUAAUCGAAAAGAAAUUGAAACUUUUAAUUCCACCCUGUUCUUAGGGGUGCUGCAAGUGCUUUUUGGAUUGCUUAUGGUCGCUUGUGGAGUGCUAGUUGUGGUAUACAAGUCCCAUUUGGGAUAUAUUGGUGGAGGAAUAUGGGGUGGAUGUUUUGCAACCGCUACGGGUUUCAUAGGCAUAGUGGCGACGUCAAGGGAAUGCUGUGCCCUUAAAACCACCGCACAAAGGGUCGCUCAAACUAUUUUCCUCGCCAUGAGUUUAAUCACUCUGGCGAUUUCGCAACUAGUUUUGGUUGUUGCAGCAACUGGUCUAGCACGAGACUUUAGAACCGAUGAAGGUGAAGAAGAAAAAAAGAUUAUGGAAGAACUACCAGAAAACUACCUACAGCUUUUAUGUAACGCAGGAUUAAUAAUGUCGUGUGGACUAGAGUGUUUAUGUGCAGCCAUAUGUGCGUAUAAAACGGCGAAAAAUGUCUGCCCCUGCUUUAAAGGGGUUGACGAACCUUCCCAAGACUUCAUCCCAGAAGCAAGCAAAGAUCAGUUCAUAAGUUCGUGGUUGGGAAAGCACACGUCAAAUCAACCCUUUUAUGUUGUUGCAGCUCCACCGUCCUCAAAAUCCAGCAAGAUGCACGGGGCAAUGCCACUGCCAGUUUUUACAUUUCCCCCAUCGAUGUUGCAGCCACCACCACAGAUGGUAGGUUACCCUUUAAUCCCAGCCCCAUUGGGACCUAUACCAUCUCCAAUUAUUACACCAGAUCCAAAGGAAAUGAUGGUGAUCCGUCAUCCUAAAAAGCCCCGUCAUCAUCCGUCUUCAUUUCAUCCUCAUAAGCCAAGACAACAGAUUCCCCAAAAGCCUAGGAAAGUUUCAAAACCAGAACAAAAGCAAAUAACUGAAGAAGAAUUGGCCCGAACAUACACAGGGUUAGAUCGAACAAUAGCAGAAGAAUUUAUUCAAAUAAGCGAGUCACAAAACACAAGCCUUUGCAGCAGUUCCAUCUGCAACUCUGCUUGUAAUGCAGGUUGUGGUAAUGAAUGCACUUGUGUGACAUCAUCUAGUUCAUCCUCAAGCCGUUUUGUCAGCGAAUUGUAAUUGUUGUACUUAUAUAUAAUGAAUUUUUACGUAGGUUUUAAAAUGUAUCCUGUUCGGCCCUUCGGUUAGUUACGCCUAUGAUUUUCUUUUUUAUAAUAAUUUUUAUUAAAAUUUUAUUGUGUACAAUGGCUAUUCCGUAAAUUAACGAAAUUACGGUUACCCAUAAUUAUACACCNAA